AUGGCGAAAGUACUCGAUCUACCAAAACUACAACCUUUUACCUUGGGGGAAACUUCGACCAUUAGCCAACGGUGGCGAAAAUGGAUCAAGUCAUUCGAAUAUUAUAUUGCUGCCUCGGGAAUCAACGACAAGAAACAACAACGUGCCAUCCUUCUCCACCUCGCAGGACCUGAAGUUCAAGACAUUUUUGAAACCCUAGAAGACACUGGCAACGAUCUUGACACCGCAAUAGCAAAGUUAACGUCCUACUUCGAGCCACAAAAGAACAUUCCUUUCGAGCGUCACAAUUUUCGACAGACAACACAACUACAAGGAGAAACAAUCGAACAGUUAGCUAUCCGUUUAAAACACCAAGUAAAAUUCUGCGAAUAUGGCAACCCCAACGAUAUGAUCCGUGACCAGAUUAUCGAACAUUGUUCGUCUAGUCGUUUGAGACGACGAUUACUUCGCGAACCAGAACUUACUCUUGAGAAAACAGUCGAAAUCGGUCGUUCGUUCGAAGCAUCCGAACGGCAAGCCUCGCAAAUAGAAGCAGACAGCUUAAAAACGGCAUGUAGUAAAACACUGACUACCGGAACACCGGAACACCGCCGGAACACCACCGAAACACCACCUAACCCUAACCCCAACCCUAACCCCCAAUCCUAACCCUAACCCCAACCCUAACCCCCAAUCCUAACCCUAACCCCAAACCCUAACCCCAAACAAAAUGGUGGUGUUCCGGUGUUCCAGUGGUGUUCCGGUGGUGUUCCGGUGUUCCGGUAGUCAGUGUUUUACUACAUGCCCUUAAAAACCACCGACCUGGGCGUAAAUGCAAUCCGUUCUAAAGCUGCAUCAUCUCUUAUCCAACAUCGAUACAAACAGGUCGUUCGAAUAUCGUUUGUUAUUGUUGUGGAAAUGCCGGUCACCGAGCUAAAGACCCUCGUUGUCCUGCCGAAGGAAUGUCCUGCAAUAAGUGUCACAAGCUUGGCCAUUUCGCUAGAGUAUGUCGUCAACUGAAACCGACAAACAAGCCUGAAUUUCAGAAUCCUACAUCGAAAAACAAGAAUGAAAUCUACAAGCAAAAUACCGGAAGUCAUGGCGAAAUACGGUAUGUAUACGGCGCUCCACAUCCGGCCACCGGGAAAAGUUUAUCGGACGAUGAGUAUGUUUUCGAACUUGGUGCCACCGGGAAAAUGCCCCAUGCAACCGUCCAAAUUGGGAACUUCCCAGUUGAUCUCAUCGUUGAUUCAGGCGCAACUGUUAAUGUACUUGACAAUGAAAUAUUUGCAAAAAUUAAGGCAAACAGCCCGAUCACACUGUCCAAAACAAAUCUCAAAUUAUUUCCAUAUGGAUCAUCAACACCACUGAGUAUUCAAGGUUCGUUUACUGCACAGGUCUCCCAUAAAGAUUUAAUUACGAAUGCCAUUUUCAUCGUUGUUGCGAAUUAAAAUUCUGGUUCACUCUUGGGGCACAAAACUGCAACUGAUCUUGGGUUAUUUCAAGAACAUGAGAACUUCCAUCCAAUUCAGAACACAUGUAAUGGAGACAACCUGUUCAUGCAAACACUUGUUACCAAGUAUCCGCAAGUUUUCAACGGCAUCGGAAAAUUCAAAGAUUUGCAACUGCACCUACAUUUUGAUGAGUCGGUACCUCCAGUUGCCCAAGCACCACGUAGAAUUCCUUUCCACAUUCGCAAGGCCGUCCAGACAAAACUCGAUGAACUCGAAACACUUGGCAUCAUCGAACCAGUGAAGGGGCCUAGCCCCUGGGUCUCACCUCUUGUGGCAGUACCAAAGCCUAAUGGCGACAUUCGUGUCUGCGUCGACAUGCGUCAAGCAAAUUCUGCAAUAAUCCGUGAACGCCACCCUAUCCCUACUAUCGAAGAAACCCUCCAAGAGUUGCAAGGAGCCACAGUGUUCUCUAAACUAGAUUUACGAUCCGGCUACCACCAAAUUGAACUGCACCCUGAAUCUCGACCAAUUACCACCUUUGCAACCCAAAAGGGCUUAUACCAGUAUACGCGACUGAUGUUUGGUGUCUCCUCAGCACCCGAAGUUUACCAACACAUUAUUCAACAGAUCUUACAAGGUCUUCCUGGUGUGCGAAACAUAUCCGACGACAUCAUUGUUUUCGGUAAAACCAAAGAUGAACACGAUCAAAACCUUAACAAUGUCAUCCAACGUCUACAAGAAUCGGGUCUCACCCUGAACAAGGAUAAGUGCCUUUUUGGUGUUAGCAACCUCACAUUUUUCGGUCACGAAGUGUCAGCAUCUGGGGUCAGUCCCGACACUAAGAAAGUUGAAGCUAUCCGUGAAGCAAGAGUACCCACCAAUGCAGCCGAAGUACGCAGUUUUUUGGGACUUGCCACCUACUGCUCGCGUUUCAUCCCGAAUUUUGCAACUGUUGCCGACCCUCUCCGUCUCCUUACUCGGAAAAGCACUCCGUGGCAAUGGAAUUCCAUCCACCAAAACGCGUUCGACACCCUGAAGAAUCUUCUUACUGGCAAUACGGUUAUGGCCCACUACGAUCCCUCGGCUCCAACUCACCUCCGUGUUGAUGCCAGCCCU